UAAAGCAAUGGGCUAGCUGACAAUAAUGAUUUGAGAUAACCGGGCACUGUAACGUAACUUUACUGAACUUUGUCUGUUUUGAGGCUGUUAACUCCACGUUCACUUGAAAAUCUACAAAUAACUAACAUCAGACUGACAGUCGCCUCUAAGUAUCCAUUUGUAUCUGUACUCAGCGUCUGUCUGUGAGCCAGUGGAGAGGUAUUGCUUUUAGCCAGUCAUUGCUAUGGCCUCCGACAGCGGCGAAAGCAACAUGGAUCGAGAAAUGAUCCUGGCCGACUUUCAGGCUUGCACUGGAAUCGACAACAUCGCGGAGGCAAUCACUCUGUUAGAGCUUAAUAACUGGGAUUUAGUGGCAGCCAUCAACGGAGUGAUACCACAGGAGAAUGGGAUCUUACAAAGUGACUUUCCCAGCGAGGGGAGCCAGGCCACCAUGUAUGGACCCCCCAGCCACUCAGAAGCAGCCGACGCAGCAGCAAGAAGUGCCGGUCCACCCCCUUCCUCGUCAUCUUCCUCCUCCUCCCCUCCAUCAUCCUCCGCAUCAGCAUUUUGUCCCAUCAGCCCUUCUACCCGACACAUUGUAGAGCGCCAACCUCGCAUGAUAAACUUCAGGGUGGAGUACAGGCAAAGAUCAGUGGAGCUUGUCGUCGAGGAGAGCUGCACAGUUGGAGAAAUUAAAGGAAUCCUCCAGACAGAACUCGGCAUUCCAGCGUCCAAAAUGCAUCUGAAGGGAUGGAAGAGUGGAGACGUGUUGGAUACUACGGUGUUGAGAAGUUUACACCUUCCCAAGAACAACAGCCUGUAUGUCCUGACUCCAGACAUCGCCCCCACUGCCAGCACCAGCAAAAACAGUGCACUUCAAGAUUCGCUAAAUCAGAACUUCCUGCUGAUCAUCAGCCACCGUGAGGCUCAGAGGGACUACAACCUCAAUUUUCCCGGCUCCAAAACUAUACAAGAGGUCAAGAGGAACAUUUCAGACUUGACCAACAUCCCAGUCAGGCAUCAGCAGUGGGAGGGAUGGCCUGCGUCGGCGUCCGAUGAUUCUAUGACAUUAGCUCUCUCUGGAAUCAGCUACCCAUGCCAUCACCUCAGUGUUUGUCGAAGAUCUUCACCAGCCAACGCCCAGGAACCCACAGAAGAAUGCACAGAUGUUCAUAUGAUCAGUGACAGCGAGGGGGACGAUUUUGAAGAUGCGUCAGAGUUUGGUGUGGAUGAUUCGGAAAUGUUUGGAAUGGGCACAACAGGCUGUCGGAAAUCACCUAUGAUGCCAGAAAACAGUGAGAACGAAGCGGAUGCCUUACUUCACUUUACUGCCGAAUUUUCUUCAAGAUAUGGAGAGACCCACCCAAUGUUCUAUAUUGGGUCUUUGGAGGCAGCGUCUCAAGAGGCCUUCUACGGCAAAGCCAGAGAUAGAAAGCUGUUGGCCAUCUACCUCCACAAUGACGACAGCGUCCUCAGCAACGUCUUUUGUUCCCAAAUGAUGUGUGCUGACUCUAUCGUCUCCUACCUGAGCCAGAACUUCAUCACAUGGGCCUGGGAUGUCACUAAAGAAGCUAACAAAGCCAGACUUCUCACCAUGUGUACGAGGCACUUUGGCAGCGUGGUAACACAGACUAUACGGACAUACAAGACAGACCAGUUCCCCCUGCUCCUUAUAGUUAUGGGCAAACGCACAUCCAACGAAGUUCUAAAUGUUAUUCAAGGCAAUACAACGGUGGAUGAGCUGAUGAUGCGGUUAAUGGGAGCGAUGGAGAUCUUCACAGCACAACAACAAGAGGACAUCAAAGAUGAGGACGAGCGCGAGGCCAGGGAGAUGGUGAAGAGGGAACAGGAUGAAGCCUAUCGCUUGUCUUUAGAGGCUGACAGAAAGAAGAGAGAAGCCCAGGAAAGAGAAGAAGCGGAACAAGUCCGUCUGGAACAGAUGAGAAAAGAGCAGGAGGAAGAGAAGGAGGCGAUUCGUUUGUCGUUGGAGCAGGCUUUACCGCCCGAGCCCGAUGAGGAGUCGGUAGAGCAAAUCAGCAAACUGAGAAUCCGCACGCCGAGCGGCGAGUUUCUGGAAAGGCGUUUCCUGGGCAGCUGUCGGCUUCAGGUCCUCUUUGACUUUGUGGCCUCCAAAGGAUUUCCCUUUGAAGAAUUCAAGAUCCUCACCACCUUCCCUCGUAGAAAUAUCACCCAGUUGGAUCCCAGGUCGACUCUGCUGGAGGCCAAGUUGUUUCCUCAGGAGACGCUCUUCCUGGAGGCUAAGGAAUAGGAGCGGACCCUCUGAAUGCUGAGAGAACCCACUCACUGACUAAUGAACUGGCUGGACGCACACUAGUCGCAGAGUGUGGCCCCCUCCUUCCCACAGUCUGGGCUGACCAUACAAACACACAUAUGCCACCAUCUCUCAGACUACCAUACACUGGCAUGCACAUCCAGUGACACACACACACACACACCCACACACACACACACACACACACACACACACACACACACACACACACACACACACACACACACACACACACACACACACACACACACACACACACGCAAACUCACACGUUCAAAUAAGCUGUUCUGCCCACGGCCUGUUUUGUGGUACAUGAAAGUCUGGUGUUGCACAGAGAAGAAAGGACAAUGUCACAAGCACACAGCCAAAUUUUCACCUUCCCCGAAUCUCUGUCCAUCUUCCUCAAUUGUUCACACACCUGACAACUUCACAACUCCAAACUGCUGUGUCAUGAUUCUCUCUCACAACACAAAGAACAGUAACAGUGCUGAGAGACUAAGUAGACAAAUCUUUUGUCACAGAAAAAAAAAAAAAGAAUAAAUAAAAAUUAAGGACUUCUUCCCGUUUCCUCAUUUGACACACCAAGGCCGCUUUUUUUUUUAGGUUUUUGUGUUUGAAAUACAACUGAAAUGUUAAGAUUGUAAUAAAAUGAAUAUCACAACUAGAUGUUGCCCUCUGAAGGUUGGGGUGCCUCAUCUCCACCUGUAUUUUACCCCUUUAGUCUCUGCCUCGCUCCACGUUUUGCCCGCUGCAGGGACGGGACUCGAUGUCUCUCUCUACUUCCUCUGGUUUUAACAUGCACUGCUGCACACGCCAGGUUGAUUCAGUUUUAUUUUUUUUUUCUCCUUAGUUUGAAUUUUUUCUGACAUUUUUCAGUUUGAUGCUGUAUUAGUUUUAGUUUGAUAUACAUGAUAUAAAAUUUAUGAAUACAAAUA